GAUACCUUAUUUAUUCAUAAUAAAUGAAAAAUUAUAUUAAAUAAACUCUUAUUAAAAUUUAUAUUCUUUCCUUAAGAUUAUGAUUUGUUCUUGUCGGAAUUUCGUUCUUUUAAUAUUGAUCGGGAUAAUAGCAUUAUUCAUCCAAGAAGUUUUACCCAUUGCUAAUAGGGUUCCAUUCAGAAUCAUAUGGAACUCUCCAACAUUUGUAUGCAAAAGCAAAUAUAAGGUUUCACUGAAUUUAGCCAAAUGGGGCAUAGAGAGCAAUGUAAAUCAAGCCUGGCAGAGUGACACUGUCUCACUCUUUUAUGCCACGAUCAUAGGGCUAUGGGCCUUUAUACGAAAUGGCAGAAGAAUCAAUGGAGGUAUACCUGAAAGAAUGGACAUAUAUGCUCAUGUAAACAAGACUAUAGCGGACGUUCAAAGAAUUCUAAAAAAAAGCGAUUUUUCGGGUCUGGGGGUGAUCGACAUGGAAUUCUACACUCCCUUGUGGAAAUCUAUGAUGAAUCCUGUUUACUCCAUUUACGUAAACGAAUCGUUAUCUGACUACAAAUCAAAAGAAAACACUUCCGGCCUCAAUGAUACUACAAUUAGGCUUAGAACCCAACUAAGAUACGAAAGUGCCAUAAGGAAUAUAAUGCAAUUAACAUUAGAAACUGUCAAGAAAGAGAGACCCGGAGGUUUGUGGGGAUACUUUGGGUAUCCUAGAUGCGCCAACAACCACAAUUCUUAUCAAUGCAUUUCCAGGAUGAAAAGCGGCAAUCAAUCUUUAAAUUGGUUAUAUGAAUCAUCUACAGCUCUCUACCCCGCGCAUUACAUCAACAGGAAUGCAACUUCAUUGCCUAGACAUAGAGCCCGGCAAUUAAUACAAUCUUUCUUCAUCCAAGAUGUUAUGCCCCUUAAUAAAAAUGUCCCUUUCAGAGUCAUAUGGAAUUCACCAACGCACGUAUGCAAAAGCCGUUAUAAUGUUAUACUGAACUUGGACAAAUGGGGAAUAGAGAGUAACGUAAAUCAGACCUGGCAGAACGCCACUGUCACACUCUUUUACGCUACGGUCAUAGGUCUAUGGGCCUUUAUUAAUAAUAAUGGAACACGAGUCAAUGGAGGUAUACCCGAAAGAAUGAAUAUAACCGCUCAUGCAAAUGAGACCAUAGCUGACAUACAAAGAGUUAUGAAGAACACAAAUUUUUCGGGUUUGGCAGUUAUCGAUAUGGAAUUCUACACUCCGUUGUGGCAACUAAUGAUGGAUCCGGUUUAUCAAAUUUAUAUAGAUGAAUCGAUAGACUACUUCAAAACUCAGAUGAACACUUCUGGCCUCGAUGACACAGCAAUAAGACUUGGAGCUCGACAAAAUUACGAAAGUGUUAUCAAAAAUAUGAUGAUAUUAACUCUAAGAGUUGCUAAACAAAAUAGACCCUAUGCUUUGUGGGGAUAUUAUGCCUUUCCUAAAUGUGCUCCCUCAUUAGUUUCAUAUCAAUGCGAUAUAGUACAAAACAAUCAAGCUAUUAGUUGGUUGUACGAAGCUUCUACAGCUCUCUACCCGGCAUUUUAUAUCAAUAGGAUUGGUGAUCCAUUAUACCAUGCAAGGACAAGGCAAUUGAUACAAUUGAUGAAUGAAGCUCAAAGGAUAUCUGCCAGUAGGAUAAAUGGGCCUAUCCCCGUGUACUUAUAUGUGCGGUACGCUUAUGUGAAGGAGAAUAAGACUCUACUCGAUUACUUCGACUUGAAAAAUAUUUUUGCGCAAGCGGUGGAUAUGGCUCAAGAUGGAAUAGUAUUUUGGGGAGAUUAUGCUGAUUUUGGUAAUUGCAAAGCCCUGAGCACGCAUAUGGAAAAGCUUAUAGGACCUUUGGUUAAGCAAUCUAUCAAUUUUGCAAAUGUAUGUAGCCAACAGGUAUGUACAGGCAAUGGUAGAUGCAUUAGGAAAGAAUUUUUGGACCCUGAAAAUCCACCAUCUAUAAAUAUGGAUUCCUUUUACAGGUUCAACAUUUACAAAAAAAGAAUUCUAGAUAACAUGGGGAAUCUUACUAACUCUUACAGCUGCUUAUGCUAUUCUGGAUGGUCAGGAAACGAUUGUAAAAUAACUACAAUGUGAUGCUACCAUUUAUUAAAAAAAUAUUAUAUAUAUAUUCUCUUUUCUCUUUGUUUAAUAUUUAUUUUUAUAUUUUGUAAAAAUCUCUCUAUUAAAUUAAAAAAUUUGCACUAAUGUAAAAACUGAAAAAAUUCAAUAUAAAAAAAUAGGUAUUAAUUAUAAGAAUGAAUUUAAUGUCUGUAUUCAAUAAAUGUACAUAAUAUUUAUUUCUAAAUAAAUUGGUUGGAGUACAAA